UAUACACCAACUUUGUCAUUCGCUUUCUCUCACCAAAGCCCCCACUUUCUUUGCGAUUCCGACGAUGGCUUCGCUCAAGCUGUUCAUGGCGUGGACGCUGUCCAUUUGCUUGUGCCUCUGCCCUCACUCGACGUCGGCUCAGCUGAGGCACAACUACUACGCCAACGUGUGCCCGAACGUCGAGAGCAUCGUGCGCAAUGCUGUCCGGCAGAAGUUCCAGCAGACCUUCGUCACUGUCCCCGGCACUCUUCGUCUCUUUUUCCAUGAUUGCUUCGUACAGGGGUGCGAUGCUUCGGUGAUAGUGGCGUCCACAGCUAGCAAAAAGGCGGAGAAGGACCAUCCAGACAACUUGUCGCUGGCCGGAGACGGGUUCGACACCGUGAUCAAGGCGAAAGCGGCUGUCGACGCUGUCCCAAGCUGCCAAAACAAGGUCUCGUGCGCCGACAUCCUCGCCAUGGCAACCCGAGACGUCAUUGCGCUGUCAGGAGGGCCGUCGUAUGCGGUGGAGUUGGGGAGAUUGGACGGGCUGAGUUCGACAGCGGCGAGCGUCAACGGGAGGCUCCCCCAACCGACCGACGACCUCAACAGGCUCAAUGCCUUGUUUGCUGCUAAUGGCCUCUCCCAAGCUGACAUGAUCGCACUCUCCGCCGCCCACACAGUCGGAUUCUCCCACUGCGGCAAGUUCACGAACCGGAUCUACAACUUCAGCCGCCAGAACCCGGUUGACCCCACCCUGAACCGGAACUACGCCACCCAGCUCCAAGGCAUGUGCCCCCGCAACGUCGACCCGAGGAUCGCCAUCAACAUGGACCCAAACACCCCUCGGACCUUUGACAAUAUGUACUUCAAGAACCUCCAGAACGGGAUGGGCCUCUUCACCUCGGACCAAGUCCUCUUCGCCGACCCGCGGUCGAAGCCCACCGUGAACACUUGGGCCGCCAACUCCCCGGCCUUCCAGAGAGCCUUCAUCUCCGCCAUGACCAAGCUGGGCCGGGUCGGGGUCAAGACCGGGAGGAACGGGAACAUCCGCCGCGACUGCGCCGCGUUCAAUUGACGAUUCCGAUGAAUAUGGGAUACGAUGAGAAACGUUGUUAAUUUUCGGUUUUGUUUUAGUUAGCGAGGAUAGAAAAGUA